AUGAUAAGUAAAUUGGAAAUACUUCCAAAUGAAAUAUUAUUAAAUAUAUUUUGUUAUUUAUCGUGGGAUGAAAUAUUAAUAUCGUUAUGGCCGUUAAAUGAACGAUUUAAUUCUCUUAUUUAUUUAAUAUUUUCAAAUAAUGAAAAUGGAAUUAUUUUUAAUAAAUCAGGUUUAUCUUAUAAAAUAUUUUCAUCAAUAUUAUUACCAUUAAUAUUUAAUUCAUCAUCAUCAUCUAUUUCUUCGAAUAUAAAAUAUAUUCAUUUUGAUGGAAAUAAAUCGAUUCCUUUUGAUUUUAUUUAUCAAUGUAUUUUUUCUAACAAUGAUCAACAGAAAAUAUCUUUUCCUAAUCUUAAAUCACUUUAUAUUACUCGAUGUUUUUUAACUCAACCAAUAAUUCAGACAUUAUCUGUACUCAUUCAAUAUCAUUUAAAUCAACUUACAUUAACAUUUCAUGAAGAUAUGUUUGACGGAGCUGAUUAUACACGAGUUCCUUCAUUCACUUUUUUUGAUAUAGCAACUAUCAAUGGUAUGUUUACACAACUCUUAUCGCAAAUAUUUUCUGGUCAAUGUCAAUUAACUUCGCUUCAUCUUGACAUGACCAAAUUACGUUAUGUUAUUCAUGAAUGUUUAAAAUCGUAUUCUUCCAAUCUUCCGUUAAAAACAAAUUCUGAUGGAUUUCAAUCGUAUUGUGUAAGUUUACGUCGUUUGUACAUUCAACUGGAAUAUACAUGUUUUCUGGAACAUCUUAUUGACCAUGUGCCCAAUCUAGAACAAUUAUCGACUGUUUUUCCAAAUUUACAACGUGAUAACAAAUUUUAUGAUUCAAACUCUGAAAGACCGAUACUAUCAAAUGAAAGUUGGGUUAAUAAAAGUUCUAUUGACAAUGAUUUUGAAUUUGUUUAUUUAAAAUGGCUUCUUAAUAAUCUUAAUCAUAUUAGAAAGCUUAAAAUUUAUUUAAGAAGUCCAACAAUAUGGAGACCAGAUCAAUUAAUAUGGAAAUAUUUUAUUGAUGGAAAUUUUAUUCGUCAAUAUUGUUUACCUGAUGAAAUAAUUAAUUUAAAAUCCUUUCAUUUUUAUAUUGGUAGAACAUAUCAAUUAUCAUUAGAUGAUAUUGAAAACACAAUUAAUUCUUUUAAAAAUCAUCCUUUUUUUAUAUUACAUCAAUGGACAAAUAUUAAAUGCUUAUAUGAUAAAAAUGAGUCAUAUCAACGUAUUUUUUCUUCUAAUUUCAAUAAAGCACAACUCUCUGAUAGUUUAUUUACUCAACCAUAUAGGUAUGACUGGUCAAAUACUCGACGUAUUUGGUUUGUUUUUGAUCCAUCUCUUUAUUUAUUUCUCGAUCGAUUGGAUAAACAAUGUCCUAAUGUUUCUUCUAUCGCAAUUCAUACAGCUUCUUGUAGUACGUUAACAGAUCGAGAUAAAGUACGUGCGAAAAUAUUUGCUCAUCUUCUUUCAAUGCCUGUUCAACUCAAACAUCUUUUUGUUAAAAAAUUUGAAUGGUUAUUAUACGUUAUUCAUUAUGCCGCUGAUGAAUUACGAAAAAACGCAUUAACUACUAUUCAAUAUGCUGAAUUUGGUAUUCCAAGUUGUAAUAUUGGUAGAAAUGAAUCGAUUCAUAUUGGUAAAAAUCUUGUAUCUAUUCUCAGUACUUAUAUGCCACAUUUACACACAUUACAACUAUGGAGACCAGAUGAUUUUCCUUGGACAUCUCUUCGACCAAACCAUAAAUAUGGACGGUAUUAUGGACCUUUUAUAACACGAUGGAAGCGAUCUUUAUCAACAGUUGAAUCUAUUAAUGAUCAUGUAACGGUUUUUGAACAAGACCUUUCUCAAUUAUUUGAUCAAUUGAAAGAAUUUAUCUUUGUUGAUAUUUGUGGCAUAAUUCCUCGUGAAAAAGUAGAACCUUAUCGUUUAAUGGCUCAAACUCGCUUUCCAAAUAGUCGAAUUGACGUUCAACUAACACGAUUUCGUCUUUGGAUAUAA